CCUCCCAGCCCGGCCCCUUCCUGCCCCAGCCUCUGGCCUGGGGAGCGGCCCCCAGCCCCGCUAGGGCCGAGCUGCCCGCGCCCUGGGUCCCCCACCCCAGGCAUGGCCGAGCCGGCGGGGCCCUUUUACGCGCUGCGGCUCGGGGAUCACCAGUAUCUCUGCUACUGCGCCGCGCAGGAGAGCAGCGGCUUCAAUAUCUAUGUAACCAAUGCAUCUGAGGUGUGGAGUACUGAUUUCACCCCGGAGAAGCUGGAAGGACAUAAGGCCCAGAGUGGGAUGUGUCCUUCUGAAGAUUACAGCACAAAGUUCAGAGAAGCCUUUGAGCACAGAGCUGCUGCCUUGACAGUACAUGACAGCAAAGCCACCCUGCAGCUGAAGGAAGGUACCUGGAGCUUGACUUUUGACCUAUUCAAGCUACCCUGCUCUGAAGCUAGGAACCAGUUGCAGGCAUUGAUGUUUGGCUUAGUGGGGUGUGUCAGCAGCCUGGAGAAACGUCUUGAAGCUGCAGAGGAUGCUGCUGCUUCAUGCAGUCCAGAGAAGAACCUGCUCCAGAGCCAAAGGCUGUUGAUCCCAGACCUGAGUCCCAGGAAGAACAGGGGAGGCGGCUCAGCCAUGACAGCCAAGAGACGAGUCCCAGGAGAGUCUCUCAUUAACCCGGGAUUCAAAAGUAAGAAGGCACCGACCGGGGUGGAUUUUGAAGACUCCUGACGCAGCCUGGACCCCUCUGAUGUGCAUCCCCUUAAUGAAGCUUUUUAAUGACCUGUGCAAACUGUGGUGGUUUACCGCCCUACCUAAGAACUUCCAGCCUCCUGCCACGCACCAUGUGUGAAUGCUGAGAGCCUUGCCCGGCCCUGUGUUCAACCACAUCGUGGGGAGUGGACGUGGCACUUGCAAUCUGAGGGCCAGGAACCCUCCACUACAACCAUGAGCCAUGCAGCCAUGGCGGGAAGCAGAACCUCCAACAGAGGCCAUUGGCCUGAGCUCUGGACAGAGUGGCUACCCUUCUCGAAACGCAGCCCAGGGGGUCAAGCCCAUGCCCCCCAGCUGCUCCCUUCAGUCCCCCGCUGCUGGCAGGCCGUCUCCCUCGCUCCGCACAAGGGGCUGGGCAUGAAUUACUGUUUUAAUGACUUUUCACCAAUGUGUUAACUCCACGCUGUGUGUCUGUAACUUAUUCUAAAUAAACCCAUGACUCCA